UCAAUAAUAUCAUUAUAGAUAUUUCUUUACAUACAAUCCCUAAAGCCGAGUACUCAGAAUGCCUGCCUCCCGUGAAGACUCCGUCUAUCUCGCCAAAUUAGCCGAACAGGCUGAAAGAUAUGAAGAAAUGGUGGAGAACAUGAAAGCCGUUGCUUCUUCUGGUCAAGAAUUAUCAGUUGAAGAACGUAACUUGUUGUCUGUCGCAUACAAAAACGUUAUUGGAGCUAGAAGAGCAUCCUGGAGAAUCGUUUCUUCUAUUGAACAAAAGGAAGAAGCUAAGGGUAAUGAAUCCCAAGUUUCUCUUAUCAGAGGUUACCGUUCUAAGAUUGAACAAGAACUUUCCAAGAUUUGUGAAGAUAUUCUUUCUGUUUUAACUGACCAUUUGAUUUCAUCUGCUCAAACCGGUGAAUCUAAGGUUUUCUACUACAAGAUGAAGGGUGAUUACCACCGUUAUUUGGCUGAAUUUGCCAUUUCUGAAAAAAGAAAAGAAGCUGCUGAUUUAUCUUUGGAAGCCUAUAAAGCCGCUUCCGACGUAGCUGUAACAGAAUUACCACCAACUCACCCAAUCAGAUUAGGUUUGGCUUUGAACUUUUCUGUUUUCUACUAUGAAAUUUUGAAUUCUCCUGAUAGAGCUUGUCACUUGGCUAAACAAGCAUUUGAUGACGCUGUUGCUGAUUUGGAAACUUUGAGUGAAGAUUCUUACAAGGAUUCUACUUUGAUUAUGCAAUUAUUACGUGAUAACUUGACCUUGUGGACUGACUUGUCCGAAGCUCCAAAUCAAACUGAAGAACAAGCCAAUGAAUCUAAACCAGAAGAAGAGUAAAUUUUAUGAUUUAAUUUUAUUAUUAUUAUUAUAUUAUUUUCCUUCCCUUUUUUUAGUUAAGUAUUAGCUGACUCUUUUCUCUGUUUCCAUAGGUAAAUCCCACUCAAUGUUUAUUCGGCUUUACUGCGUUUUUUAAAUUGUUUAGUUUCUUGUUUUAUUUAUGUAACAAAUACCUACAUAUUAUGAAUGAAUAAAUCAUUAGUGUUACGAUAA